UAAUGUGUGUACCGCCAGAUCCAAUUUCAAAAUUUUCACUCUCCUCCCUCUUCUUUCUCCUUUCUGCCAAAAUCCCUAAUUCGAUCUCACCAAUCCAAACCCCAGUUUGUGCAAAUCCGACCAUCGGCUCCACCAGAUCGACGGCGAAGAACGGGACCUGAUUCAUGGCUUCUCGCAACCAGAACAGGGCUCCUCGGAGUCCGUUUUCUAAAAAGAGUAGUCUUGAUGAAGUUCCCUUAGACAAGCGGCGAAGAAUCGAAACAAGAAAACCGGAGUUACCGAGUAGCAAUGGCCGCCAACGACCGCCACUUGCUGUUGUUAAGCAAGAUGCAGCAGGUACCGGCGAUAUAGGCAGUGUGGAGGGAUCAGAGUGUGGCAAUGUUGAGUUUACCAAGGAAGAAGUCGAGGCGUUGUUGGUUGAGAAGUUAAAAGUGAAGAAAUUUGAUCAUAAGGGGAAAGCUGAUCAGUUAGCUGAUUACAGCAAGAGGCUGAAGCUAUGCAUCAGAUGGUUGCAGCAGGUUGAGGAAGGGCAUAUUCUCGAGGAGGAAAAGCUUCGGAAGGCAUUGGCUUCUGCUGAAAAAAAAUGCUCGGAUACUGAGGUGGAAAUGAAAAACAAGGUCGAUGAGCUCAAUGCCGUAAACUCAAAGCUGAGGGAAAGUAUGGCUGCUUUGGAAGAGAAACUUGCAAAGGAAGAAUCAGAGAAGUUGGAUGCAAUUGCUAGUCAUAGAAGUGAAAAGGAAGCAAGGGAUGCUGCUGAGAAGUUGCAAGCUUCUCUCUCACAGAAGCUUGAAAUAAUGCGGGAGGAGAAAUUAGUUGCAGACCAGAAGGUUUCUUCGUAUCAGGAUUUGUAUAAUCGAGCACAAGAGUACAACAAGAGUCUACAACAGUACAAUAGCAAACUCCAAAAAGAUCUUGAAACUGCCACCGAGUCUCUCAAACGAGUUGAAGAUGAGAAAAGGACUGUUCUGGAGACCCUUAGCAAUUUGAGGGUUCACAAUAAGGCGUUGCAAGAUGAGUUGGCUAAAGUAACAGCUUCAUUGGAAGAAACAUUAAAGCAGAAGGAACUAUUAGAUAAUGAAAUCAAAUGCCUUCGUGGGGAACUGCAACAAGUUAGAGAUGACCGCGAUCGGCAUGCAAGAGAGAUUCAAGAUUUGAGGGAUCAAGUGGUGAAGUACAAGGAAAACACUGAAUUGUCGUGUGAAGAGUUAGAUAGGUUGAUGAGAAAAUCAAAAGCCUUGGAGGAAAGAGAUUCAUCUCAAAAACAGGAGAUAGAUACAUUAAAGCAUGAGUUAUUUGCCGCAAAUGAUAAACUUAAGAUGGUCAGUCGAUCCGCUUCAGAAACAUUGACAGAGUUUGAAGAACAUAAGAGAAUCGUGCAGGAGCUGCAAAACCGCCUGGCUGAAUCAGAGUUGCAAAUACUAGAAGGAGAGAAGUUAAGGAAAAAAUUACAUAACACCAUUCUGGAAUUAAAAGGUAAUAUCAGGGUAUUCUGUCGAGUCCGCCCAUUGCUACCUGAUGAUGCUAAUGCAACAGAAACCCCUGUAGUUUCUUAUCCUACAGCAACCGAAUCUCUUGGCAGAGGCGUUGACUUGGUACAAAGUGGCCAAAAAUUUAAUUUUACAUUUGACAAAGUGUUUCACCACGAGACUUCCCAACAAGACGUUUUUGUGGAAGUAUCGCAACUUGUACAAAGUGCACUUGAUGGUUACAAGGUCUGCAUAUUUGCUUAUGGUCAAACAGGUUCCGGAAAAACUUAUACUAUGAUGGGCAGACCAGAUGCUCCGGAGCAGAAAGGCUUAAUACCUCGUUCACUAGAGCAAAUAUUCCAAACGAGUCAAGCUCUUCAGGCUCAGGGUUGGAAAUACAAAAUGCAGGCCUCAAUGCUCGAAAUAUAUAAUGAGAACAUUCGUGACUUGUUAUCCACUAGUCGUUCAAGCAGUGCAGACUUGUUAAAGACAGAAAAUGGUGUUUGCGGAAAGCAGUACACGAUAAAGCAUGAUGCAAAUGGAAAUACAUACGUUUCUGACCUCACGAUCGUUGACGUUUGUAGCAUAAAUCAAAUUUCAUCUCUUUUGGAACAGGCUGCACAUAGCAGGUCUGUAGGCAAGACUCAUAUGAAUGAGCAAUCUUCGAGAAGCCAUUUCGUGUUUACCUUGCGUAUAUCUGGGAUUAAUGAGAACACUGAACAACAAGUCCAAGGAGUCUUAAAUCUUAUUGACCUAGCUGGAAGUGAAAGAUUGUCAAGGAGUGGCGCAACCGGAGAGCGGUUGAAGGAAACUCAGGCCAUUAACAAAAGUUUGUCAUCGUUGAGCGACGUCAUAUUUGCUUUGGCGAAAAAGGAGGACCAUGUUCCUUUUAGGAACUCCAAGCUGACCUAUCUUUUACAGCCUUGUCUUGGAGGGGAUUCGAAAACGCUGAUGGUUGUCAACAUCUCUCCGGAUUCCUCUUCAGUUGGGGAAUCCCUUUGCUCUCUUCGAUUCGCUGCUAGGGUCAAUGCCUGCGAAAUCGGGAUUCCUCGAAGGCAAACGUCCAUGAAGCCUGUCGAUAAUCGUUUAAGUUACGGCUAGCUUUUGUCAUCAUUUUCGUUUUGCAUUCGGUUUAUGUCGUCUGUAUGAGAGAAAGCGUGUGUUGUGUGUAGAAUGGAGGCAGAUUUGGGGUGUGUAAGGUUUGUUUUUUGUAGUUCUUGUGCUUCGAGGUACUACAAAAUCUGUACUUCUAGAUUUGUAUCCUGUCCUAAGAGAUCCAUCUGUUAGUUUUUGAUGCUUAUGAAUUGUGACAAUAUAGAAUUAUUGUCUUAGUAACUUGAUUGAUCGUUGUGAUGAACGCUUGUAUCACAAUUAAUGAUUUAAUAUAUUCCACCGUUGAGAUUUCUUUAA